GCUAUUUUCCAACUAGUUAACACUGACGUUUGGAAUGAUCUUGCCAAAGCCAUACACCAAUUUUGUCUAAAUCUCUGUGAAUCCGUACUGUUUUCUUUAAUAUGAAUCAAAAUAGCAAAGCCUUUGAAAAUGCCCGCCGUCCUUUUCGUACCAAGAAUCUCUUUACAGCAUUGGGAUUAGGUGGACUCGCUCUUGGCACAUUCGCAUACUCCAUCUAUAAAGUGCAUCAAGACACACUUGAAGACGUUGUAAUGACUCCAGAAAUACGCGAAAAAAUUGAGCGCGAACGCAAGCAACAUCAAGAACUGCACCAGCAGAGUUCAAUGAAAAAUCCUCCAACUUAAGGUAACGCUGUUACUCUGGAGAACGGUCGCAUAGUUCGUGGACCGUGACACUGAUGAGCUCUAUUUUUUGAAAAUUCACUGAAAAGAUCGAAAAUACGUUUAUAACUUCAAAUAUAUAAAAAAAUACGAAAAAAAAUCGUCCUUUUUUGACCAAACACUCCUUAUUUCUUCAGCGGUUUAACAAUGACGACACCUCGGUUAAUGCCGUUGAAUAUAUACUUCUCUUCUAUCAAUAAUGCUGUUUCACGAUCAAAUAGCAUGGUAUUGGCCAAGUUUCUGUCUAUUCCUUGGGGAAAAGAACUUGGCGACAUCCUAAACUUCGACAUUCCCGGAACAUAUUCUUCCGAUGACAUAUUAGGACUUACAGUACAGCGAUCCAUUAUUCUUCGGAAUUGGAGCGACUCUGUUUUGCUUCAUUUAAAAGUUUUACUUGCAUUAUGCCGUGAUCGGGACCCCGUCGCUGCAUUUCGUCUUCAAGUAGAUCUUGCGCAAAACAUAUUUCGUGAGUUUUCUGCAGGAAAUUGCACUGGCGUCCAUUUACCAGUGCUUUUCAUAGUCUGCAAAGACUUGCGUUUUCUUGCUAUCCAUGCUCAGAAUACUAUGUUUGUUCGUAAUCAACAAUUACAACUCAUAUCCAAUGAUCCUGAACAGGAAAACUCACACCUCGAACUAGCUACACGACUUCUUAACAGGGCUUUUACAAUAUGCAUCAAUGAUCGAGCUCCGUUAGCUAUUUCACGAAAAUGGGGUGCUUACUACGUUAUGGGUUUAUUAUUUAAGCUAUAUUUACGCUUGGAUUGUGUUCAUCUGACAAACAAUGUCUUGCGAGCCAUGAAAGUCGUCGAGCUGCCAGACAUUUCCCUAUUCCCAAAGUCCCAUAUUGUCAUCUUUCGUUAUUACCUGGGUAUCGUCGCCUUUCUAAAUCAAAGCUAUAAGAACGCAUCUGCAGAACUGGAAACCGCGUUUUCCUUAUGUCAUAAGCAAUAUAACCGUAAUUUGGAAUUAAUUCUUUCCUAUUGGAUCCCCACUCGAAUCUUAGUCUACCAUCAACUUCCUAGUCCUACAUUCUUGUCUAAAUACCCUUACUUAAAAAAUAUAUACGUUCCGUUAUGUCACGCCAUUAAAAAAGGAAAUCUUGGGGCUUUUGGUCAAUGUUUAAAGAAAAAUGAAUCUUUGUUAGCCAAAACAAAGACGUACUUGACCUUGGAAGGGACCAGGAAUUUAUGCUUGCGAAAUUUAUUUAGGAAAACAUGGAUCAUUCUUGAAAAAUCAACUCGGCUUCCCACGUCCGUCUUUCAAACAGCCCUUAAAGUGGCUGGAUCCGAUUUCGAUUUACUACAUGUUGAGGCUAUCUUGGCAAACAUGAUCAGUAAAGGCUAUAUGCGUGGCUAUCUCUCUCGCGACCGUAUGACUGUCGUUUUGUCUGCAAAAGAUCCAUUCCCCAAAAGAACUCCACUGUAAUUUCCUUCCUUUGACUAUGACUUAAUGACUGUAUAACUCUUAGACAAUUGAAUGUAUUAAGCUUUUGAAUUCCAUCUAGAAAUGAUUAUUAUAUUGUAUUUUUAUUAGUAUACUUAACUUCCAAAUUCCGUAAUACUUAUUAACCUAAUGAUUUUGUACCCAA